AAAACCUAGGGUUUCUAAAUUAGGGGUUCUCUGAGGUCUGUUUAAAGUGCGUAAGUCAUGUUUAAGAAGAUCAUGAAAGGGGCAAAUCGAAAGGCCUCUAAAGCUGAGGCGAAUGAUUCGUCUAUGUAUGGGUUUGAUCCACCAGGUAGGUCAGGUCCUGGAUCCAAUAUGAUUGUAAAUCACGCAUCUCGUGGUUCGUUGGUUCCUUCUUCUCCAGGUUCAAUGGCGGCGGCCACACAACCGCCUCCUAUGUAUUCAGUCGAGCCUCUUCCGUUGUUCAGAGACGUGUCUGUUUCCGAGCGUCAAUCCUUGUUCUUGAGGAAACUCCAGAUUUGUUGUUUUCAAUUUGAUUUUACGGAUACGUUGAAGAAUGCGAGAGAGAAGGAGAUUAAGAGGCAAACGUUAUUGGAACUAGUUGAUUUUAUACAGUCUGGAGCAGGGAAGCUCUCUGAAGUUUGUCAAGAAGAAAUGGUAAAGAUGAUUUCGGUUAAUAUAUUCCGGUGUCUUCCUCCGGCUUCACACGAGAAUACAGGUCAAGAGCCUGCUGAUCUUGAGGAAGAGGAGCCUUAUUUGGAACCAUCUUGGCCUCAUUUACAGCUAGUUUAUGAGUUGCUGCUGAGAUACAUUGUUCCUUCUGACACAGAUACAAAGGUUGCGAAACGGUAUAUUGACCAUUCUUUUGUGUUGAGGUUGCUUGAAUUGUUUGAAACUGAAGAUCCAAGAGAAAGGGAGUACUUGAAAACGAUUCUUCAUAGGAUUUAUGGCAAGUUUAUGGUUCACAGGCCCUUUAUUAGGAAAGCAAUGAACAAUAUUUUCUAUAGGUUUAUUUAUGAGACAGAGAGACAUAGUGGGAUUGGGGAGCUUUUGGAGAUUCUGGGUAGUAUUAUAAAUGGGUUUGCCUUGCCAAUGAAGGAGGAGCACAAGCUCUUUUUGAUCAGGGCUUUGAUACCUCUGCAUAAGCCAAAACCAAUUGCUAUGUAUCAUCAACAAUUGUCUUACUGCAUUGUUCAGUUUGUGGAGAAAGAUUAUAAGCUUGCGGAUACAGUGAUCAGGGGAUUGCUAAAGUUUUGGCCUGUGACAAACUGUACAAAAGAGGUUCUCUUUCUUGGUGAACUUGAAGAGGUUCUUGAGGCAACACAAACUGUUGAGUUCCAACGCUGUAUGGUCCCUCUGUUCCAACAGAUUGCUCGGUGCCUCAGCAGCUCUAAUUUUCAGGUUGCAGAACGAGCUCUGUUCUUGUGGAACAAUGAGCACGUUGUAGGUCUAAUAGCUCAGAACCGAGGUGUGAUCCUUCCCAUCAUAUUCGCAUCCCUGGAGAAAAACAUAGAGUCUCACUGGAACCAAGCGGUUCACGGUCUAAGCGCAAAUAUAAAGAGAAUGUUCAUGGAGAUGGACCCUGAGCUCUUUGAAGAUUGCCAGCAACAGUACGAAGAGAAACAAGCCAAAUCGAAACAAGUGGAAGAACAACGCCAAAGUAGGUGGAGGAGAUUAGAUGAAGCAGUGGAAGAACGAGAAAGAGAAGAUCCUAUGAUCACUUCUUAGAAAAAAAAUAUCAAAUCAUC